AUGGCGGAAUAUGCGCCGACCGCGGCCGACAUCCGCGACUUUGUCGAGAAUCUAGAGGCAGCGGCGGGGUUCGACAAUCCGAACAUUGGGGAGUGGUGGAAGAUCAUCAUUUCCGUGCACACGAAUCUCGUACAUGCCAAUACACGAACGAUCAGAUCCUUUGCCGAGUUCCAAGGCAUACAACCGCAAUACCGAAUCUUCGGAGCCAUUGCAUACGAAUGGCUUGUGCUGAAUUACAAGCAGGGAACGAUCAGAGAGGCCCUGGGCAGGAUUGGCCAUACCAAGCCUGGAUUGACUACGACUGUCACCCAGGGCAUGGCGGCCCACGAGCUUUCGGGAGACGCAAGAAAGGUCCGCGUACAGGGGGCCGACCAAACUCCUUGUAAUGCGAUCACAUCCCUGGCGGAAUUCUGGCCAUCAAGUACUACCGAUAUUCCUCGGACCUACGAGCAGAUGCUGCCG